AAGGUUAGGGGAGGAUUUGCACACAACCAGAUAAAUAUCACAGUUCUCUCAUAUUUAAGGAUAAUAUUGUCAGCUUUUCAGUGAACUGAUGAGGGAAAUGGCAAUAAAAUUAGUUUUGUUCUGUUUGUGUUUCUGGCGUCUGGAUGAUGUGUUCGGUCAGGAAACGAAGUUAAUGAAACCGGGAGAUUCAGUCACUCUGAACUCUGGUCUUACUGAAAUAAAAGAUGAUGAUGAGAUUCAGUGGAUGUUUAGGUCUGGAAAAGAAAACGCUUUAAUAGCUGAAAUCAAUGUAAGAGCCGACAGCAUGACUGUGUAUGAAGAUGUUCUUGAUGGGAGAUUCAGAAACAGACUGAAGCUGAACAAUCAAACUGGAUCUCUGACCAUCACAAACAGCAGACAUGAACAUACAGGACUUUAUGAACUACUGACCAAGAGUGUGAUGAAGAGAUUCUUUCUUAGUAUCAUUGAUGAAAUAUCAAUGAAGGAGGGAGAUUCAGUCACUAUAAACUCUGGGCUUACUGAAAUAAAGGAUGAUAAUGUGAUUCAGUGGAGGUUUGGAAAUGAAAACACUUUACUAGCUGAAAUCGAUAAACAGACCGACAGCAUGACUGUAUAUGAUGAUGUUCUUGAUGGGAGAUUCAGAGACAGACUGGAACUGAACAAUCAAACUGGAUCUCUGACCAUCACAAACACCACAACUGAACAUGCUGGAGCUUAUGAACUAGAUAUCAAUAAUGAGAAAAAGAGGUUCCUUCUCGCUGUCUAUGAUGAGAUAUCAGUGAAGGAAGGAGAUUCACUCACUAUAAACUCUGGUCGUACUGAAAUAACAACGGGUGAAAUGUUUUUGUGGUUGUAUAUGAAUGAAAUUACUUUUAUAGCUGGAAUCAACCCAUGGGUAAACAACAUUACUGUAUAUGAUGAUGUUCUUGAUGGGAGAUUCAGAAACAGACUGAAGCUGAACAAACAAACUGGAUCUCUGACCAUCACAAACAUCACAACUCAACAUGCUGGACGUUAUGUAUUCCUGACAGAGAGAGGACCGAUAAUUCAGUUAUUAAAAGCUCUCAGUGUUUCUGUAUAUGGAGAGUAGAGAGUAGAUUCAAAAGAGCUGAACAAGAGCAAGCACAUAUUCACAUAUCAGAAACAUAAAGGAUGAUGUUAUUUCUUAGAUUAUUCCUCUGAUAUCGAUGUGGUUAAUUUUCAAAUGCUCAGAUAUGCUCAAAGUAUCAAAUGCAAGUGUUUGUCAUGGUCAAUCCUGAAGAUUACCAAAGAUCCUCGCAUUCAGUAAUUUUUCAUAUUUGAUUUCAAAUGUUCCUCUCUUGCAGUGUUAUUAUUGUACACAUUCAGUUU